AUGGGCGUCAUAUACAGUCAGGCUGUUGUCACGAUUGCCGCGACCGAAAGUCAAGGUCCCAGCCUUGGUCGGGAGCUUGCUGCCUAUGGUAUCGGCGACUAUGAUCUGUUCGAUCGAAUCUCCAAAUGGUAUCACGAAAUACCGUACAUACACUACUCAACACGACAACUGACACAUGCAUCCGACCGGCUGCCCGCAAUUUCAGGUCUUGCCAAACUUGUCCAAGGCAGCAUGAAUAUGACGUACAUUGCUGGUCUCUGGAAAGAGGGUCUCCAAUACGGCUUGUGUUGGGGGGUGGUGAAUAUAGUGCCUCGUUCAACAGUCAAUGGACCUCCCUCUUGGUCUUGGGCAUCAUAUGAGACGCCAUUGUUUUGGCCAAUGUCUGUAUACAGAAGAUUUCCACCCGCACUUUUCGAUCUGAACAAUUUUCACGUUGAACUUGCUAGUAACGACGAGUUUGGACGUGUAAAUAGAGGGUUCUUGAAGAUUACCGGCCUGGUGAGUGUGGUGCAGAUUGAAUUUCUCCAGGGCUUAGCCCAUCCGUUCGAUCAUUCGAUUUUGGUGGACAAGACGGGUGACUGGAGUUCGAAGAUCUCAGAUUCCGAUGGAGUUUAUUUGGGUGCCGCAUUGUUGGAUAGGGAUCCCGGCACGGACGUUGUGCAUGCGUUGAUACUUGCGAGAGCUGAAAAACAACAAGGACGCGAUGAUGAAUGGAAAAUGCUGUUGAUCACCUGUGCUGGGGGUACUGGUGGCAGGUUUGAAAGAAUCGGGAUCGCACAGGUUUUUUGUAGAAGCAUCGAUGAAAAGCCUCUUUGGCUGCCAAAGUUCGAAAGACGAAGCAUGACGCUUAUUUAG